AAUGAAAUGUCAUGAUGACAAACCAGCCUCAUAAUCUUAUUAAUUUCUUGAUAAAUUAGGCGAAGGGUAUACAUAAUCUUUACAGCUUAAGUUCCUUUGGAUAUAUCUGGAAAGUUAAGUAAAUCUCCACUGGCUAGAUUUAUGCCUGCAAAUUAGUAAAAAAUACGAUGAAAAAAGAGAGGACACUUCUUUAAAGAGAAAUAAAGAUUUUGUAAAUAUUAAAAGGAAAAAAGGGUAAUGAUUCAUCUGCUAACUGAAGGAUUUACCCAAUUAAUCACAUCUGGUUAGGAUCACCGGAACACUUAUUUUAUUAUGAAUUUGCUAGGAGAUAACUUGGAAUAGGUAAGAAUGAAAUGUGGCAAUUUUGAUUCUACUACUAUAUUGAAUACAGGGCAGUAGAUGAUUCAGCUACUUAAAGACCUUCAUCAUUCAAAUAUUAUCCAUAGAGACAUUAAGCCUGAGAACUUUGUGGUUUAUUAGGACAAAAUACAUUUGAUUGAUUUUGGAUUAUCCAAAUAAUAUAUUUAAGAUGGAAAACAUAUAGAAUUCAGAGAGAAUAAGGGUAUGAUUGGAACUGCAAGAUAUGCUUCCAUUAAUAGUUUAAAAGGCAAUGAAUAAUCUAGGAGAGAUGACUUGGAAUCUGUAGGUUACUUGCUAAUCUACCUAUUCAUGGGCACAUUACCAUGGAACAAUAUUGUAGCUGAUGACAAGAUUGUCAAAUAUUAUAAAAUACAGAGAAUGAAGGAAGCAUUUAAACCAGAAACAUACAUUAACCUUCCUCCAGAAUUAUCAAAAUACCUUGAAUAUGUAAGGAGACUUAAAUUUGAUCAAUAACCUGAUUACGAUUAUUUAUUCAAAUUAUUUAGGAGAGGAGAAGAUUUAACUGGAACUCCAAAAUUGUAAAUCUAAUAAAAUCACAUGUCAAUCAAAACCAAUUUAGUACAUUUAAAGAACAUCGAUAGAACUCAAUGUUAGACUACUCGCAAAUUGUUUAAUCAUGUUGAAAACACCAGUCGUCGGAUAACCUUUGAAGAUCUCAGCUCAGCUGGGGCAGACAUAAUGGAGGAGUUGGAUAAUAAUGAGAGAAUUCAAUUAAAAAAUCUAUAAGUAGGCAUAAAACAACCAAAUACUUUCAAUAAAUUAAACAAAGUCAGAAUGGGGUCAGACUAAAUAUUUGAAAUAGAAAAUAAACUACAAUACUAAGUACCUUUUUCAUUAAAAUAACUAAAAUGA